AUGAAGAAUAACCUAAUGUUGUCUCUUAACAACGCGAAGGACUAUCUAAAAAAUCGAAACGAAAAUGGACACUCUGUAUAUAGCCAUAUAUGUGAUUUAAUCAACUUUAUCAUUGUAGAGAAGCCUGAAAAAUGCUAUGAAAAUUUUGAAAUGAUAUCUAAUCAUAUUAAGGAAAGUAAAAAAAAGGACCCCAUUUCUUCCUCUUUUUCCACCACAAACAAUGAUUCAGGAAAUAAUUCGAAAGAACUAAACUUAAAGGACUCUAAUUUAGAUAAUUACAUACUAAAGGAUUAUAUUAAAAAAAAAAAAGUUUGGCUAGCUAAAAUAAAAUUAUUAUUCCAACCAGAUGCAAAUGACAAGCCUGCUCAUUUGCCAUUCAUGAAAAAUUUCUACGAACAAGCGAAAUUAAUCAAUUGGGCAGGGUAUCAUAUUAAAAACCAUUCUGUUUGUUUCAUCAAUGAAUCUAUAAAAAAUGUUCUUCAAAAAUAUAAACAUGAAUUGAUGUCAUUAAAUUUCUGGGGAAUUCUGAAAGGGGUAAAAAAUGAUUACUACAUUUUGGAAGGAUUGCUAAAGGCUGAUUCUAAUCUGUUAUUUCAAAGGAAAAAAAAAAAGUUCAAAAUUUUAAGCGAUUCCAAUCAAUCUAUAUCCUCCAGCAGCGACACUUUUUCAUCGAUGGUGAGAGGACAAGCGGAUGACAAGUCGGGAGGUGAUGAAGAGGAUGAAGAUGACAAAGAGGAUGAAGAUGACGAAGAGGAUGAAGAUGACGACACAGACGAUGCAAUCAAAAAGAGGACUAAGAAAAGAACCCGAGGACAAACUUCCAAGAAAGAGGGCGAGUGCGAAUUUAAAUACAAAGAGGAAGACUAUGCCAAUUUCAACAAAAAGGUCAACAAAUACAUCUACUGGGUAUCUGUAAACGGAACGGAAGAUUGGGUUCAGCUAAAACAUACAACACCAGAAUACAUCAAAAUAGCUAGUAGAGCGAAUAAACUACUUACUGGUAAUAUGAACAAAACUAUAACCUCAUUUCCAAAUAUUGCAAUAAAAGAAAAGCAUUACCUCCGAGCCCUCAUUUCUCUCAUAUCAUCCUAUACACAUAUAUCUCCUAAGAAAUAUUACAUAAGUACUGAGGGUGGAAAAAAAAAACAGGGAAUUGUGAAAAGAAAAAAAGAAAUAGAUUCAGACAAUAAUGAAGAGGGUGAAGUAGAACAUUCGGAUGGUUCUAAAGAAAAAUUUGACGAUUCUGGGGAAUCCAAGGAAGAAAAUGAAAAUAUAGAGAAUGAUCAAUGGGAAGAUGAUGAUGAUGAUGAAAACAAACGGAACAAUGAAGUCAAGCAAGAUUAUCAUGAUGAUGAUUUAAUAGAAAAUAAAAAAUUUCAGUUUGAUACAAAUAUUCUGUUACAAUUAGAGAACUGGGUCUACUUUAAGUAUAACUUCCUUCCAAAUGGGCAUAUCAGCUAUCCAAAAAUUGGAAGCAACAAAAAUGCAAAAAUAAAAACCUUCAUUAAACAAAACCCACCUUUAAAAAUAUUGAGAAGCAUAAAUAGACAAAAGGAAAAUCAGAAUAUUCACACAUGGAAAAUGAGACAUUACAAUCAUGGAAAUUACUAUGGUGAUCAUAAUCUACACUACGACAUAAUCGUUAUAUACAAUUUGUUCUUUUACGGGGCCUUUACAGUAUACUCAAAUAAACAAUUUUUCAACUUCUAUAUAGGUAAUGGAAUAAAAUCAAAACAUGCAUUUAUUCACACAUACCAACCUGGAAAAAUAGAAUCAGACGAAAGUGAAUUGUCAGAGAUUGACGAUACAGGUUGA